AUGUUUUUCACAUCACUGUUCAUGGGUUCAGUGAGUAUGACAGGCCAGAUCGUUGAUGGUCCAUACGCUGGCUGGAAAAUCAUGGAGGGAACUCGCGAAGUGCUUCGUUUUGUUCCUGGCAUAGAAGAAGGAGCUGAAGUGUUGAACAAUGCUCGGAUAGACUUCGUUCUGGAAAAAAGGAGGAUCGAAGAGGUACUGGCAGCAGUUAUGCCGCUUGAGGUAUGA